AUGCAGCAUCUCAUCCACUGCAAACAGACUCUAGAAACAUUACGCAACAGGGUGAAGAAAGCUGCAGAUGAGUUUGACAACAAGAGCAAGUGGGAGGGAAUCACCCGAAGACUAAAGUGGCCCUUUUCUGCCUCUGAGACUAGGGACUUGCUGUCCGACAUCUCACGCUGCAAAGAGACACUCACUCUGGCCACCACAGCCGACACGAUGCGUAAGCUACAGAUCUACCUCACGAACCAAGCAAAUCUUGACCGAAAGCUCGACAGAAAGUUGGACAAUAUUACUCACAUCCUGGAGAGGGACGAGGUGGAUGUCAGGAAGAGGCUCAUCCUUGACUUCUUCAUGAAGCCCGAGGCCAACCCAAAAACCAACUUAUCUCAGAGUAUCAAACUACGACAUCCUACCACAGGCAGCUGGUUGACCUCGUCCCAUGCCUUUAGGGCGUGGCUGGAUACAUGA